CAUUGCUUUCAGGACAUUGUUUACUUGUUUGGUAUUCACAAUAUACCAAAAUAUACAAUAAAGCUGCAAGAUGUCAGGGCUGAACAGUGACCAGCUCCAUCGCUCCACAUUGGGAGUCUACAUGACUCUAAUGGACCAGUUCAACCCCAGCCUGCAGAGGCUAGUGGCACUAGGAAAUAACUACAUUCAGGCUUUCCAAGCUCUAGCUGCGACCAGCGAAGCCUACUUUAGUGCUCUUGGUAAGAUGGGUGAACAGGCCAUGCAGACUAUGUCAUCCCAUUUACUAGGUCACAUACUAAUACAGAUUUCUGAGAGUCAGAGAAGACUUACCAGUGAACUGGCAGGAGUGUUUCGUUGGUUCCAUAAUGAAGUCCUACAGGAAAUGGAAAAUAACACCAGGAUCGAUAAAGACUACAUAUUUGACAGUAGGAGGCACUAUGAGAUUGAGGUGAGGAACCAGGCAAUGGCCCUGGAGAGACAGCUAAGGAGAGGGGGUACACAGGAUGUUAAUGAAUAUGUGCAGUUCCUGCGGGAAAGCCAGAGAGAAGCCCUGAAAGAACAGGAGAGAAGAUAUCGCUUUCUGGCUGAGAAACACUGCGGACUCACUCAGUCCAUCGUAUAUAUCAUGACCAAGACAGGGAGCACCCUGCAGCAGACAGCAGAGGCUUGGAGAGAGCAGGUGAAUCAGACAAGGGGGUCCCGUCCAGGCACUGCAUCCAGACUAGAAGACAUGGUGGCUAAUGAUCAAGGUCAAGCUUGGGCAGAACAACCUCUAGGCAGAGUGCCCUCUAGAGGGCCAUCCCCCCAACCAACUCGAUCCCGCUCCAGCUCAUUUGGAGAAACUCGCGGAUCAGGUGGCGGUAGGAUGAUGCGAGCGUUGGUACCACACCCGCCCUCUUCUAAUUCCACCCUCUUACCAUUCUCCGAAGGAGAAACCAUUACAGUACUUGUGCCAGAGCCCCGAAAUGGAUGGCUGUACGGUUGUUCUGAGAGUUCAGCACGACAAGGCUGGUUUCCAGCUGCAUAUGUUGGUCCAAUGGAAGACACACCUCGACUGCCGGACUUCAGCAGCGGCGGAUUACUUAGAAGCAGUAGAAGUAUGAGCAACCUUCUUGACCAAUCAUCUAGCAACAGAACAAAUGACCCUCCUCCUCCUCCACCACCACCACCACCUCCAAGCAAAUCGAACAGUUCGCACCCAGUCACACCCACUUCUUCAGAAAACAAAAAACAAGAUAACUACAGCUCUCGACCAGAACUUUUCCCGAGAGGCACAAACCCUUUUGCGACGGUGAAGCUGAAACCCACCACAACCAACGACAAAUCAGCCCCACGCAUAUUCUAACAUUUUCAACCAGUGAGAGCUGGGAAACAUCUAAACACAGCUCCAUCAGAGUGCAGCACAUCAUAAAUCAGCACUAUGCAUGCUGCAGACUGAGAAGCUGUAAUUGACUGCCUCAGAUGUUGCUUGUACAUAUUCCAGCUGGAGAUGGUCUGUUGAGAGGAAAAUUAGAUUUUUGCUAGCUCAAGAUAUGAGCUGUAAAUUCUUGCUGUACUUAGAGAGAAAGAAAUACAGAAUGAAAGCCGAGAUGGGGCUCGGAGGGAAUUAGGUAUCCUGGCUUUUAUUUUGUAUCAGUUUUUUUUUUCCAGUUUUUUUUUUUUUUUUUGCGUGGAAUGUAAAUAUGGGGGCAAAAAACAUCACUGGUUUUCCAUAGGGCUACUUUAGCAUGAGCCUACUUCAAGAUUCAUGGUAGAGCAAAGGGAUAUUUCGCUUAUCACUUUAUACCCUUAUGGCUCAUAUACAAUACUGUUUGUGUACAUACUUUAUGUGUUUAAUAGUGGUGGUGAGGGUUACAGUUUCUAUGGUAACAAUUAAUUCGUAGGGAUUUGUAUAUUGGAUGAUCCACGUAAUCUAAGAUGAAUAAUGAAUGAAUUAAAAACAAAAACAAACAGGAAAAUCCUAAAAUUGUUGAUAUGGUGAAGGUUUCUGGAAGGAGUCUCCAGUGUCAGUGCUUAGUAGCAGUGAGUAUGUUAUCCACCAUGGUAGAGUCUUCAGGACAGAGGAAUUUGUGUUUUCCAGUAAUAAAGAGAAAAAAGAGUGGCUGGUCAAGGAACGACUGUUAAUAGUUUCUAUAAUGAAAGUGAUAACAGGAAUAGAACUGAACAGGAAUAAAACUGAAUAAAAAUUGAAUCAAUAAAUUGAAUAAAAAAUACAGGAAUAAAACUGAAUUAUAAGUGGUAUAAGAUACAUGACGUGUCAUUCAUUAACAAAUUGAAAAUUGUAAUUGUUGGCAAAUCACUGUUUAAAAAAAGGAAUAAAGCACUUUGGGACACGCUG